AUGACAGACAGUUUGGCAACAAAUGAGAUAAAGGAUUUCAAUGACUUCCUGCAAGCCAGUGGCAUGACUGAAUUACGUGCAAUAGGGAGAAGAUACACAUGGUCAAAUGGACAAAUUUGUAGUACAAUAGACAGAGCUCUUGUGAAUGCUGAAUGGUUAUUGACAGUAACUGUUACUGAAGUGAUAGUUUUAAACCCUGAGAUUUCAUAUCACACUCCACUAAGUAUCCAACUUAAGGAUGAUGUGAAGGGGAGUUCAAAGCCCUUCAGAUUUCUUAACUGCCUAGCAGAGCACAAAGACUUUCUAAAUGUGGUGGCAAAUACUUGGUGUAGGACAACAGAAAAGAAUCACAUAGCAGACAUAAGUUUGAAGAGUAGACAGGCUCAAAACAGGAUCAAAAGCCUUAUUGAUUCUAAUGGUGAUAUCCUUCAACAACCAGAAAACAUAGUAGAAGAGGUGACUAGUUUCUAUAAAAAGCUCCUAGACAGUGCUGCUGAUCAACUACCAGCAAUAAAUCCUGAGAUCAUGAAGCGUGGGAAUGUGCUUAAUAGGCAACAACAACAACAACUGCAACUGAUAACACAUGUUACUCAUGAUGAAGACGGUAUGGAGCAAAGGUGGAAAACAGCGGUGGAGAAGUUGGUGAAUACAGAAUCAUCAAGAAGGUCAGAAGUUAUCAGCCAAGUUGCAAGAUGGUCGAACAACGCAGAACAUGGAAAAGAGCGAAAGGGAAAACCGUCCCCAGCAGGAACAUCCUCUACGUUUUAA